CCUUCACCGGCAGAAGUCUUUCAUGCCAUGAAUCGUACCAAUCUGCCAAAAUCUCACCAUUUCUCUGAAAGUUAGAAGCAAUCCUCGAAAGAAAACUAAAAACCCAUCUCAAGCUUGCCAGCCAAUUGAUCCUAAAAUCUGCGGACUAAUCUGGUGAUCAUCAAUCCAUACAAGCAAAACCCGGUCAGCAAUCAAUUGUUCAGUUGCAGAAUUGUGAUCGUCGUGUUUUUGGCAAGCGUUUAAUAUUGAAGGAUAUGCAACAUGCCACGCAAAAGAAAGCUAAAGGAAUUUCAUGAAAAAGGUCAACAGAGGACUAGAAGGGGAGAGGAAGACCAAGAUAUCACCAAGCCCAAGCGACCAAUCCAUCCAUUUAUUCUGUUUAGGAAGCAGCAUUUUGAGAAUCUCAAAGGUCAAAAUGGAGCUGGAGUUUGCGGUAGCAAGGGGAAUGCAAGUGCCAAACAAGCAUGGGAAAAACUUAGUGAGGCUGAGAAGGCACAAUUGAUGAAUAAAUAUAAAGAGGACUUGCAGAUUUACAAAGAAAGCAUCGAAAAACUAGGCAAGAGUACCAGUUUUGACAGAGCCAAGCGAGAAAUUACCAUCCGAUCCUCACCAUGCCAGUUGUUGAAACUGGUUUCUAAACUAGAUGACAUCAAAAAGGAAGCAAUCAGAGAGAUAGGCUUUGGUGGCCUAUUAGAGAUACAAUGCCAUUCAAUGCCAUCCUGUUUGCUUACAUGGUUGAUCCAACAUUUCAAUCCCACCCAAUGCCAUAUUCAGUUGGAUGGAGGACAGAUCCUACAGGUCACAGCGCGUGACGUAGAAAUCACACUAGGGAUUCCCGGUAAUGGGCCGAUUCCAAAAGAAGAUGAGGAUGCAUCAGAAGAGGAGGUAGAUAUUAUUCCAAGAAGGUACAAAUGGAUUGAUCUUCUUGAGGAGUUGAUUAGUAUGGAAUCAGGGGAAGAAUUUAAGAAGAAGUUUGUGAUAUUUGUGUGCGGAUGCUUGCUGGCCCCAAGCAAAAGGGCUGAACAUACUACGAAACUCUGGAGAUGUUUGCAUUCAGUUGAAGAAAUUAGAAAUAUGAAUUGGGCAGAGUAUGUUCGCAUCAAGCUAUGCUCGCAGUUACAAGAUUUCCAGCUAAAAAGAAGAAAAUAUGUUGGAGGAUGUAUUUUUUUCUUGAUGGUAUUCUAUCUGGACCGUGUUAGCAUCCUAAAUCACCAUGUACCUAGGACAAUGCCACGUGUGAAGGCGUGGACUGAUAGUGUAAUCCAGGAAAGAAUUAACAUAGAGAUGAAUACCCACAGGCAGUACGGUUUUGGAAAGGUUGAGGCACAGUUUGAUGAUAAUGUCAACACAUGCCAUGAUGUCGUUGAUUUGCGUGAUGAGCUAUUUGUCAGAUUAGCAAACAGCGGCUUUGUAGAUGUUGCGGCUGUGCUUGCUGCAAUAUCCAAUGUACCUCUGACCUUCCAAAGCAGGGUAGUAAAUGUGGGUGAACUUCUCUGUGGUAAAAGUAGCACAGCGGUGCAUCAUGAUUGUAGUAGAUCAGAGGAUAUUUUAUUGAAUGGGAACAGAAGGAGCAAAUUAACUGUGGGAGUGAAAAGAGCCAGGGCUGGGAAAUCAUUGGUUCAGCAGCAGUCAUUUAAUCAGUUUGAGAAUGAAAAUGAGCUGGGUGUGCAAAAAUGGGUGAAUAAUAAUUUGGAUACUGAAAUACCAUUUAAAGAAACAGCUGAAGAUGUGCUCACAUUUAUCCCUGAAGGAGGAGAAGAAGAAGAAGAUUUGACAUUCACAGAGAAAAGCUCGCAAAAGAAUGGAGAAGAUUUGAGAAAACAUGAGUUGAGACUGCUAGGUGAUUUGCCAGUGCAUGUACAAGAAAUUCUGGGAGAGGAUGCUUCGCUACCAAAUGCUGAAGCAACUGUAUAUGCACCUGUGCCAACUGAUGAUGGUGUAAACUUGUCAGCACUGAAAACGCACCAGAUGGAUCUGCAAGUGGGCAAUAACCAAGAAAUAGAGGUGUCAGUAAAAUCUCCCCUCUCAGUAGAAAGUAGUCCAACUGAGAUUAUUGGUGUCGUGGAUAAGAUUGAUGCUGUGGAGCUCAUUGAAGAAAAGAAAAACAACCUCCAAAGCGUGAUGGAUUUCGUGAUGCUUGAAUGGAAGGAUUUUGAAGGCCAUGUAAAAAUGAUCCAGAAUUCUGUCAGUGGAUUCUUCGGUGAACUUGAGUCUGGGGAGACUGACUUGAAGCCUGUUCAAGAAUCAGCAAGUAAAAAUUCUGAAGAACUCAUUUCAAGGAGAAAGUGGGUUGAGAAGAGGUUUAAGAAACUGGAUGAAAAAGAAAAAUUGAUCCUAGAGCUUUUGCAAAAGGUAGAAUUGGCACAAAACAAAUUUGCUACUAUUCGAAAUUUUGUUGGUGAAAAACUUGAAAAUAUUGCUUUUCAAGGGUAGAGUCAUAUUAAAUAGCUUAAUUUGAUUCUGAAUCAAAUGGAAGUAGGGGCAGAUCGGGUUGAUUUGAAAGGGUAAAAGCUGGAGAAGUGCAGGAACUUGAGACUUUAAGAGAAGAAUUUUAGAAUUGGCAAUACAAAAGAAAGAGUUUGAUUCUGUUCAAAACAUCCCAGGCAGAGUUGUCUCUGAAAGCUGAUAGGAAACUCAACUCUGCCAGGGUGGCAGAGAAAAGUGGGAAAGAUGGUCUUAAAAUUCAGCUGCAGUAGUGUUGUUCUUGUGAGGUACUUUCUCACUGGAGAAAAUUGCAGAAAUCCCGUACAGAGGAGUUGCAAUGCUGAAGGUGCCUUUAACAACAUUAAUUAUGAUUAUGCUGAAUGAAUUGCACUGUGAUCCCAGUACAUCAGAUGCAGAUGUUAAUCAUAAUUUGUUACAGGAUUUUAGUUAUACUAAAAGUUCAGAUUUUCAUGCUUAUUGUGGUUCAGCUUUCUGAUCACUUGUCAAGUUCAGAUGCUAAAUUAGUGAACAUCUGGUUUUUGACAAAUGGGAACACUAUAGUCCAAAUCUCUCCAUUGUAAGAAUGCAACUAAAAUAGUGUCGGUCAUUGGCUGAAUGCUUGUCAAUGUGGAGAGUACUUAUAGUUGUUCUAUAUUGGGUAGAAGUUUGACAUAAAUAGUGCAUAGAUUCACUAGUCCUUUUACA